CGAAAAUGUCACAAGACGCAAUGAUCGAUUGGAUUUAAUAAAUUUGAGACACAGAAGUGAAUAUAACAUAAUAUUGCCUGGGGCAUGCGAUAGCACAGUCGUUAAUAUUCCAAAUGUUAUAAGAAAUGAUAGAAAAAGCAACACCCAAAAGACACAUAACAAAGGGAAUGAUUUGCGACCUUCUGACGUUAAGCGUGAUUCUGAAAAAAUAAAGACUAAAAGAAGGUUAAAACGAAGUAUGAACAUAACUGAAAAUACUACGAAUAUAAUAAUUCAUAAGAUGCCGGAAACAUGGCUGAGAGUAUACCCGGCGCCCAUGUCGGAUGAAGAGUCCACGUGCUCGGUGAUAGUGCGCUGUGUAGUUUGUCAGAUUGGGCUAACAAGCUUUCUUAUAUUAUGGACUAUCAUUGGAGUCUUCGUCAUACAGUCUUUCGAAGGCCCACACGAAAGGGAAGUAUCAAUUCGGUUUGAAGAUGAACAGAAUCAACUUGUUAUAGAUUUAGCAACGGAAUUGAGACAGAUUACACCUGUGUCCCCAAAAUGGAAAUACGCGAUAGAGAAGCGAAUAGAACAGGAAAGGAAGUUGACUGUAGAGGCGGUGGGACACGGAGCUAAUAUCAAACCUGGACAGUUCUGGACUUUAUCUGGAACUUUCUUGUUCGGUGUCUACGUCAUGACAGCACUUGGUUUCGGCGCCCCCGUACCACAUACGAUCUGGGGGAGAACAUCAUCUUUAGUUUACGCGAUUCUGGCUGUUCCGACACAUAUAUAUCUGAUGGUAAACGCAAGUACAUGUUUGGUGGCAAACGUGGACAGACUGGUACAGUCGUGGAAAUUAAUACUCGCCAAAAAAAGGCCCAACAGCAAAAUUGAAAAUCAAUUUAUUAAUGAAAACCCAGAUUGCUGUAGAAAUUCUGAAUCUUGGAAAAAAUCAAAGAAAAACUUCUGCCAGGCAAUAACUAGUUGUAUGAGUAUAUUCUGCUUUGGAUAUGGUAUACCCAUGGUCAUAAUACUGUACUACAUUCUGGGCGUGGUAGGAUUCGGCGUACUACGGAGUAAGAAUGCUCUCGAUUGUGCCAUGUUCCCUCUGGAGUUCACCACCACUGGGGGAUUAGCUCAGGUGGAGAGCUAUAUCCGGGUGUUAUACGGCGUGUACGUAGAAGGGGCCAUGUGUAUACUGUCAUGUACACUGGCCACGAUACGACGAUACAGCACUAAAGCUAUAACGGGUCUCACAGACAACUACAGGCUAUUUACUGUUGACAAAUGUAGCAAAUGUUCCGAAUAAAUAAAUGUU